AUGCAAGCGUGCGAAAUUGCUUCAGUUGUGUCUGACUCUGUGAUUCUGUGGACUGUAGUCUGCCAGUCUCCUCUGUACAAGGGAUUCUCCAGGCAAGAAUACAGGAGUGAGUUUCUGUGUCCUCCUCCAGGGGAUUUUCCCAACCCAGGGACCGAACUCACUUCUUUCUAAAGCACUGAUAAACUGUCCCGGCCACUGGGCAGCAAAGACCGCAGGUCAAAUAGGCUUUGAAGGACUCGUCUUAGAACCAAAUGGACUGGAGUGACUUUGUUUCUAUGGGAACAAGCAGUCUAAGUUCCAAGCAGCACACAUACGAAUGGACUUUGGAACACAAAUGCCCCCGCAGGGUUCCAUGCGGCCAAGCAGCAGGCACCGAGGCUGGCAGGCGGCCCCCGGACCGGUGAGUGGCUGCAUCUCCGGGAGGUGAAUGCAUAGGACACCACGUCACCAGAAGCAGCCCAGCCAUCCACGGAGACCAGCUCCAGUCAAGCCAGCGAGCCGCCCGAUGCCCUCUGUCCAUCCGGCCCUCCCGGGCCCAAGCCAUGCUGCUCACGGUCUACUGCGUGAGGAGGGACCUCUCCGAGGCCACCUUCUCCCUGCAGGUCAGGCCUGACUUUGAGCUUCACGACUUCCGUGUGCUCUGCGAGCUGGAGUCGGGCAUCCCCGCCGAGGAGACGCAGAUCGUCUACAUGGAGCGGCUCCUCGUCGACGACUACUGCUCCCUGGGCGCCUACGGCCUCAAGGACGGCGACAUGGUCAUUUUACUGCAGAAGGAGGCCGCGCGGCCGCGCUCCCCUGGGCUGGCGGCGGGCCUCUCCCGCGUGGAGCCAGCGGGGCCCGCCCUGCCGGGGACGUCCGGCUCCCGGCCGCACCAGCGCGCCCAGUCGGCCCAGCACUCUGGCCGCCGCGGCUCUGGGGAGAAGGCGGGCCCGGGUCAAGGGCUGGACAGCCCGGCCCUGGUCCGAAGCAUGCUGCUGUCCAGCCCGCACGACCUGUCCCUGCUGAAGGAGCGCAACCCCGCCCUGGCCGAAGCGCUGCUCAGCGGAAGCCUGGAGAGCUUCUCCCAGGUCCUGAUGGAGCAGCAACGCGAGAGUGCGCUGAGACAGCAAGAGCGACUGCGCCUCUUCUCGGCUGACCCGUUCGAUCUGGAGGCCCAGGCCAAGAUCGAGGAGGAGAUCCGGCAGCAGAACAUCGAGGAGAACAUGAGCAUAGCCAUGGAAGAGGCGCCGGAGAGCUUCGGCCAGGUGGCCAUGCUCUACAUCAACUGCAGAGUCAACGGGCAUCCCCUGAAGGCCUUCGUCGACUCGGGGGCCCAGAUGACCAUCAUGAACCAAGUCUGUGCCGAGAGGUGCAACAUCAUACGGCUGGUGGAUCGGCGGUGGGCUGGGGUCGCUAAAGGCGUGGGCACGCAGCGAAUCCUCGGGCGAGUCCACCUAGCGCAGAUUCAGAUCGAAGGCGACUUCUUACAGUGCUCUUUCUCUAUCCUGGAGGAGCAGCCCAUGGACAUGCUUCUCGGGCUGGAUAUGCUCAGGAGACAUCAGUGUUCCAUCGACCUCAAGAGAAACGUGCUGGUGAUCGGCACAACUGGCACACAGACCUCCUUCCUUCCUGAGGGAGAGUUACCUCCGUGUGCUAAGUUGGUAAGUGGCGCGGGGCCAGAGGAGUCUUCAGAUAAGGAAAUAGCAAAUGCUAUUAAACAUUCAGCCAGGGAUUCAGGGCGGAAAAAGCAUUGAAACAGGCCCUAUAUAUGCUAUCACCGUGAGGGAGUCUCAGGUCUCGGGAAAUUAUAAGACAUGAGCUCACUGGCAAUGCAAUCAUUAAAAAAUCGGUAACCACUAAAGCUGGCCUUGGGACUAAGU